CAUACUUUUCAAAUAUAGAACACCAAAAAUGAACCUCUUCAUUUUCAUUUAAAUUUCAUCUUCUUUCCCUUCAUCCAAACACACGUAAGAUACAAAAGAUUUAAGUUUUUCUCUAGCUAAAUUUUGGAUAUAACAUAUAGUAGAGUGCUAGGAAUUAGAGUCCUUUGGAUGCUAAGUGCUACACUAUUUGGAGUUCUAAUUGUGCUAACUCCAAAGCUAUACCAUGUCCAUGAUCAUGUCGAAGCAGCUCAGCCUCACCGCAUUCUUGUAGACACAGACGUCGAUACAGAUGAUGUUCUUGCUCUUCUUUAUCUCUUGAAGCAAAACAGGACGGAAUUCGAUUUACAGGCGAUCACUAUUAACUCAAAUGGAUGGAGCGAUGCCGGGCACGCUGUGAAUUACAUAUAUGACAUCCUUUUCGUGAUGGAUCGAGACAACAUUGCUGUUGGUGUGGGAGGUGAAGGUGGCAUCUUGCCUAAUGGUACCUUCCUUCCAAAUGUUGGGGGUUAUCACCCUAUUAUUGACCAGGGCGCGUCAACAGCCGGUGGUUGCAGAUACAGACAAGCAAUUCCACCGGGGAAAUAUGGUCGUCUAUACACAAAUACAAACUAUGGCAUACGCAAGGCCUUGCUUCCUCAGGGUGGGAGAAAAUAUGUACCUGUAGAACAAGCUACAGCUCAACAAGUGAUGAAAGAUGCGGUGUCUGCAGGUUCCAUCAUUGUGUUUGUUCUAGGCACACAUACAAAUUUAGCAAUUUUUCUUAUGACUAAUCCUCACCUUAAGAAAAAUAUUGAGCAUAUAUAUGUCAUGGGAGGUGCUAUUGAACCUGGCAUCGGUAAUUUGUUCCCCCCAGACUCCAAUCCAUAUGCAGAGUUCAAUUUCUUUGGAGAUCCUUUUGCUGCAUACACGGUAUUGCAUUCUGGCGUUCCAAUCACACUCAUUCCUUUAGAUGCGACAAGGACGAUUCCUGUAAACAAGAAUUUCUUUGCUGCAUUUGAACAGAAACAAGAUACAUUUGAGGCACAAUAUAGCUUCCAGACCUUGAAAAUGGUUCGUGAUACAUGGCCUAACAAUCAGUUUCAUGAGGAAUAUUGCUUCUGGGAUUCUUUUAUGGUUGGUGUUGCGCUGUCUCAAAUGCGUAACUUAGAGAGAUCUGAUCAAGAUCAUGGAGGAGAAAAUGAGUUUGCGGAAAUGGAAUAUAUGAACAUCUCAGUGGUUACUUCAAAUACACCUUAUGGAAUCUCAGAUGGCUCAAAUCCCCUCAUCAGUGGGGGUUUGAUCCCAAAGUUCAAUUUACAGAAGAAUGGAGUGCAUAGUGGUCAUGUUCAGCUAGGUUUGCAAGACCCAUUUUGCCUUGUCAAGGGGGGUAAAGGAAAAUGUCAGGAUGGUUACACACAGAAGGCAACUGGUCCGGAAGCCGUUUCUGUUCUUGUUGCAACAGAAGCUAAACCAAAUUGUGACAUUGACGAGAAGAUGCUUACGAAAAAGUUCUAUAAAAGUUUCUUGGAAGUUAUAAAUCGACCGAAUAAGCAAACCGCACGACUUAGUAACACUAGAGCAGCACAGUUUCAGCCUGAUGAGUAUGAAAGAGUAGUCCAAAAGCAAAAAGCAGAUUUUGAAAAGAAAAACUCGAUGGGUAAACCUGUAGUUUUUGACAUGGAUAUGAGUGCCGGGGAUUUUCUAGCCCUUCUAUAUCUGCUAAAUUUACCUGCAGAACUGAUCAACCUCCAGGGAAUACUAGUUACUCCAAAUGGGUGGGCAACUGCUGCAACCAUAGAAAUUCUAUAUGACAUACUGCAUAUGAUGGAGCGUGAUGAUAUUCAAGUUGGUCUUGGAAAUGUAUUUGCAGUUGGACAAUCUUAUUCAUCUGUGACUUUCACUUCGCUCGGAGACUGCAGCUACUCUAAGUCCAUUCCUCACGGCAGCGGUGGCUUCUUGGACUCUGAUACACUCUAUGGAUUUGCUCGUGACUUGCCUCGUAGUCCUAGAAGAUACAAACCAGAAAUUAGAGGAAGCCCUGGAUUUGGACAACCGACUGCACUAGAUGUUUGGAAGUCCAUCGUAAAAUCACUGCAUCCAGGAUCCAAGAUUACUUUGUUGACCAAUGGACCGUUGACAAAUUUAGCCGAAAUCAUUCUUUCUGAGAACAACACAGACUCAGUGGUCCGGGAAGUAUUUAUCGUUGGGGGACACAUUGUGGAUGAAAAUGAUAAUGCAAGAGGGAAUGUUUUCACUGUUGCUUCAAAUGAAUAUGCAGACUUUAACAUGUUUCUUGACCCUUUGGCUGCAAAAGCAGUUUUCGAUUCCAAACUGAACAUUACAAUGAUUCCAUGGAAAACCCAAAAGCAAGUCAGUUCUUUCCAGAACAUUCUCAAUACAUUGCAACAGCAGCUAACAAAUAGUCAUAGGACUCCUCAAGCUGCAUUUGCCCAAAAUCUAAUUUCUAGGCUAUGGCAACUAAAACAAAAUCAUCAUAGCUACCAUCACAUGGACACAUUUUUAGGAGAAAUACUUGGUGCUGUGACCUUGGCUGGAAAUGGAAAUCAUUCUCAAUUGAACCAGACCUUUAAGUUUAUUCCCCUCAAGGUUGUGGCUGAGGGAGACGAAUCAGUAAUCGGGCAGAUGCUUAUUGAUGACCAAAAACAAGCAAAAAUGGUGAAGGUACUAUGUAGUGUAAAUCAAAAUGCAUUUUAUGAACAAUUUGCUAAUGUAAUUAUGUCAUAGCUGAGCAACAACUAUUUUAUAAAACAAUAUCGGGGGAUGGAGGAUUCGAACUUAAUUUAUUACUCUCAUUUUUAUCCAUUUGUUUGGAGAUUCCUUGUUAGGCCUCCAGACAUGAAUCGAAUUGGUUAGCUCAAGUGAUAUGGUCUCUUUAUUAUAUUAUAAACACGAGGCAAGGAAAAUCACAAACAGAAGCAUAACUGAUCAUACCUAGAAGAUCCUUUGGGAUUUAGCAGGAUUAAUUAAUUACAGCAUGCAUGUAUAAAUUGUAUAAUGUAAAUAUAAAUAUCCGACGCCACAAUAAAAUACUGGAUCUGUAACGUACUGGACCUCAUACAUAUGUUCAUACAUUGAAUGGAUGUGUGAUACAGAACAUGGGAUUCAGGCUGACUUAAUAUAGAAUUAUUAAUGUCCAUUUAAACUAAUUCUACGACUCACAGCAUGCUGAUUAAUUAAUAUAACAAAUACAAGCCCUAGUUGGUGGGCUUUAAAUUUUAUUUGGCUAAAUAUGUGAUGUACCGGAAAAUUAGAAAAAUAAAGAAGUGGCGUGAAAUUAAGAAGAGUGAUUGGAAAAUAGGUAAUUCACGCAUAAUGAGGUUACUAGCUGCUGCAAUAUCCAAGAAAAUUUGGUUUUGGACUUUUCGGGUUUUUCGGCUAAACUGGGUCCAUUCUCGUCCUACAUCAAUAUGAGAACUGGCUAGUCCUCAAUGCAUGAGUGACCUGCAUAUUGUUCACAUGGACUCGAAACUAAUUCAGCCAAAUGUUGGAAUAUUCAGUCCUAUAUAAAAAUUUCAAAUCUUGAAGUUUGGGGAGAAUAGGUCAAAUGAUUUUAACAAUGUAUGGAGCACGUUCAUUUCAUAAUGAUAAAACCUAGCUAUAACAUAAAUUUUCACAACCACACCAGAAGUCUAGAAGUUCUUUUUUUUUUUUUUUUUCCCAAGUGCAUUGCUUCUCUGCCAACUAAUUAACAUGAAUUACUAUGUAUUAAUUGGUUGGAGGACUGAGAAUCAUGAAUGCUUAACAGCUUCCAUAAAAUCUAUACUUGGGGCCGUCUGGCGGUACUUCUAUGGAAGUGCAUUUGUUCAGUAGCACUUCCACCGGAAGUGCUUUCAUUAAAAGCACAUAAAUUUCUGUUUAAAAUGCAAAUGCUUCCUGUCAAUACACUCAGAAGCCCUUCAUGAAGAAGCAAUGUUUACUAAUGCCUAGACUUGAAUAGUUUAUAGAGGAAAACUGUAACUUAAUUGCUAUAUGUCAUUCUAUGCCUAUUUGCAUAUAGGAAAUAUCAUCCAUAUUAUCAGAAAUUAAAGAGGUAGAAAGAUUCAUUCACAUUCUUAGCCAUAAUGAACUAGGUUCUUUGAGCCCC